UCCAGCAUCAAUACAUGACAAUUUCUUGGUGUCUCUCAAUGUAUUUUCAGAAAGUGUCUUGAGUUACUGAGAUGUCUUCAACCCCAAUGGCUUCCUUAACAGAAUCAAGCACUUUAGAGUUCCCUGACAACCACACUAAAUCGUCAGCAUGUUUGAGUGAUUCAACAAGCACAGUUAACGAGCCUUUACAGAACCUGCACUUGGCAUCUGAUGAGGUACUUGAAAGAGGGCAGACGGGUGGAAGAUCAAAGUGCUCAAAAUGUAGUGGUUCAAGGAUGUUUUAUUGUUACACGUGUUGCUCUUUAGUAGGAGUGAGUCAGGAAGAGAUCCCCAAAGUCAAGCUUCCACUUAGGAUAGAUAUUAUCAAGCAUCCUAAUGAAACGGAUGGUAAGAGCACAGCGAUACAUGCUAAACUCAUUGCACCAGAUGAUGUUAGCAUUUAUACAUACCCCUGCAUUCCUGAGUAUGAAGAUAAAAGACACGAAGUUGUAUUAGUUUUCCCAGGUCCAGAUUCAGUUACAGUAGAAGACAUUACCAAUCGGCUUUUAAGGCUUGCUGACAGGGGAUCUCCGUGUCUUCAAGACCACCACAGAUCAGCAGAAGAACCUGCUGCUAAAAGGAUGAAGCACAACACAACAGCAGAAGAUGGUGAAGCCCCUUCUCCGAACAAAGAAACAAAGCAAGGGAGGCAUAAGCAUCUUCUGAAAAGAGUUGUGUUUAUUGACAGUACCUGGAAUCAGACCAAUAAAAUAGUUACUGAUGAACGACUUCAAGCUUUGCUUCAAGUGGAAUUGAAAACAAGGAAAACCUGUUUUUGGCGUCAUCAGAAGGGAUCCCCUGACACGUACCUCUCCACUAUUGAGGCUAUUUAUUAUUUUCUGGUAGACUUCCACCAGGAGUGUUUAUCAGAAGAAUAUCAUGGAGAAUAUGAUAAUCUCCUGUUUUUCUAUUCAUACAUGCACAAGCUCAUCAAUAAAGCCAAGCAUGCCGCUGGGAAACUGUGACUUCAUAACACACUAUACUGCUGGUGCCUAUCCAGUGUCCUCUUUACCCAGUUUUCAUGAAUAAUGGAUUUUCAUUUUCGUAUCUUUUUUUUUUUUUACUAGUGAACUGUAAGCACACAAGUGACCCUUUCCUUAUUGUAAAUUUCUAACUAGUUAUCAUACUUUAAACAUU